AGACAGCAUGGCUCUCACCAAGGACACCCGCCUCACCCUGAGUGAUGGGAACACCAUACCCAUCCUAGGACUGGGCACCUACGCCUCUCCUGAUGUCCCAAAAAGUCUCGGGGAAGAGGCCACAAAAAUUGCCAUCGAUCUGGGCUACAGGCACAUUGACUGCGCUUAUAUCUACGGCAAUGAAGUCCAGGUUGGCAACGCCAUCCGUGCCAAGAUCGCUGAUGGCACAGUCAAGAGGGAGGACAUAUUCUAUACGGGGAAGCUGUGGUGUUCAUUUUUUUCUCCUGAACUUGUCCGCAAAGGUCUAGAAAAGUCUCUGCAGGACCUUCAGCUGGAUUACCUGGACCUGUUUAUAAUGCACUGGCCUUUCUCCCUAAAGCCCGCAGGAGCCGAGGAACCCAGCAAAUCAGAUAAACCCUUUGUGUAUGAUGAUGUGGACUUCUGUGCCACUUGGGAGGCUCUAGAGGCGUGCAAGGACGCAGGACUGGUGAAGUCCAUCGGAGUUUCGAACUUUAACAAAAGGCAACUGGAACGUCUCCUGAGCAAACCGGGACUGAAGUACAAACCAGUCUGUAACCAGGUGGAGUGUCAUGUAUAUCUGAGUCAGAGCAAACUGCAGGCGUAUUGUAAGACCAAGGAUAUCGUGCUGGUGGCAUACAGCGUGCUGGGGUCACAUAGAGACAAGAAUUGGGUGGACCUGAGCCUCCCUGUGCUGCUUGAAGAUCCAGUCCUGGCCAAUGUAGCGGCAAAGUACAACCGUUCUCCAGCAGAGGUCGCUAUGCGCUUCAUCCUCCAGAAGGGAAUUGUGGUGUUAGCCAAAAGUUUCUCUGCAGCCCGGCUUAAGCAAAACCUUGGGAUGUUUGAUUUUGAGCUGAAGGCCGAAGAUAUAAAAACUCUAGAAGGACUGGAUAAAAACUUGCAUUAUGGACCUUUUAAGGAAAUGAAGCAGCACCCUGAAUAUCCUUUCCAUGAUGAAUAUUAAGUAUCUGUCUCUUUAGAGGGUAGAAGAUGCGACUAUUCCUUUUCAUUAUUUCCAUUACUUUUGACUUUUUAUACGUACAGAGCGUGCAGUCAUAUGUAAGAAAGUAUGACGAAUAUUUAAAAUAAAAUAAAAAAAUAAACAACUAAUAAAGCAUAA